UGCCUGAGGUGACCGACUUGUUUCAAGAUCCCAAAGCGGUUUUUAGGUCCGGGUGGAGGGUCACAGCAGGCGUUCCUACACGUGUGACCACUCGGAAACCUCGUCCUGAGAGGAUCAUAUUCAUUCAUGAAAUUAUCUGUAACUCUAAUGUAUUGGACUUGUACCUGCCUGCGUAAGUCGACUGCUGAACUGACCUCAACUCGGGAAGGAAAUACCGUUCAAACUGAAAGUUGUAUAGCCUUCACUACGUACACUACUUAACAGUUCGGGGAAUUUAAACAUAUAUUUUGAUUGGACUUCUCAUUUUAGCUGAAAACAUGAAGUUGUAGGCGAUCUGUCGUCGACUUUCAGUUUAGUUUGCAGUGGUUUAACCCACAGUAGUUAACUGUAAAGUUUAUAGCCUACUCAAUGAGUAUAUUUAACGGACUAGUUUAAUAUGAGUGAGAAACAAGCGAUAGGAGACACUACACUUAACGAGGAUCAAACUAAAGGCAAUGGGGUGGACUUAGAGAACCAUGUCAAACUGGAUGAGGCGGGUGACGCUGUGCAAUGCGCCGACAAUCAGAGUCAGCUGGACGGUCAUGAAGCGCUGCGACCCACCCGCCUGUACAAACGGCGCUGGAUGAUCGUCCUCCUGUUCAGCUCAUAUUCACUGUGCAACUCCUUCCAAUGGAUACAGUACGGCAUCAUCAACAACAUUUUUAUGAAGUUCUACGACGUGGACGCCUUCACCAUAGACUGGAUGUCUAUGAUCUACAUGCUGACAUACAUUCCCUUCAUCUUCCCGGUGACCUGGCUGCUGGACAAAAAGGGGCUACGGGUCAUCGCGCUUGUGGCCACUGCGCUAAACUGUGCCGGCACAUGGAUCAAAGUAGCCAGCGUCAAACCCAACCUGUUCGCCGUCACCUUUCUGGGGCAGUUCUGCUGCUCGUGCGCGCAGGUGUUCAUCCUCGGGAUGCCGUCUAGAAUCGCGUCUGUGUGGUUCGGUUCAGAGGAAGUGUCCACCGCCUGCUCCAUCGGAGUCUUCGGGAAUCAGCUGGGUAUUGCCAUUGGGUUCCUUGUGCCUCCCGUCCUGGUGCCUAAUGUGGACGACUUGGACGAGCUGGCUCAUCACAUCAGCAUUAUGUUCUACAUCACAGCAGGAGUGGCUACCUUACUCUUCAUCCUAGUUAUCUUUGUCUUUCAGGAGCAUCCUAAACUUCCUCCGACUCAGGCCCAGGCCACAGCUCGUAGCAUCCCUCCAGAGCAGUACUCCUACAUGGCCUCUAUUCUCAGGCUGCUCCGCAACAAGCCCUUCAUCCUCCUCAUCAUCACUUACGGUUUGAACGUGGGUUGUUUCUAUGCUGUUGGCACCUUGCUGAACCGCAUGAUCAUCGAGCAUUACCCUGGAGAAGAAGUGAAUGCUGGGAGGAUUGGCCUCACCAUUGUCAUUGCGGGGAUGGUCGGCUCCCUCAUCUGUGGCAUUUGGUUAGACAAAACUAAAACUUACAAGCAGACAACCCUUGCAGUCUACUUCAUGUCUCUGGUGGGGAUGAUAGUCUAUGCUGCUACACUCAAUCUAGGACACCUCUGGGUGGUCUUCAUCACCGCUGGAGCUCUUGGGUUCUUCAUGACGGGCUACCUGCCGCUGGGCUUUGAGUUUGCGGUGGAGCUGACGUACCCAGAGUCAGAGGGAACCUCAUCCGGACUCCUCAACUGCUCAGCACAGGUAUUUGGCAUUAUAUUCACCAUCUGCCAGGGGAAGAUCAUGGAGCGCUUCGGCACACUGGCAGGAAACAUCUUCCUCUGUGUUUUUCUUUUAAUCGGCACAAUAAUGACAGGCUUAAUUAAGUCUGAUCUGCGGAGACAAAAUGCAAACAUGUUGGCCAAAGCAGCAGUAAGUGAGACUAAGGCGGAGGGGCAGAAGUCGGGACAAGACUACGGAGCCACCUCGCUAAUCACCCAUCCGCAGACUCCUCCUUCACACGCCUGAUCAAUAAACCUUUCUGCCUUCACAAAAAAAUCUACUCAAAUCUUAGCUCAACACUCAGAUGCACAAAGGGACCUUCAGACUGCCACGAUAAAGGCCUGGCUGGAUCGUCUAUCGUCGAAGAAGCCAAGUUUUAGACGCAAAACACACUAAUAAAGAUUACAUAAAAGCUUUGAAAAUGACCAUGAACUUCUUCCUGUUACAGUGUAACAUACUGAGAUAGAACAACACCAUCCAGAAGUCUUUAGACCCACUUCCUUUUAGAUGUACAGUGUUGUAUUAACUAUUUACACUUUAAAAAAAAGCUUGAAUGCUUAAUUAUAUUAAAUAUAUAAAAUGUACUGUUCAGCAAUGUUUUUUUACAUUUAAGUGUAAGUAAGUGUACUCUCAAUAAAUCUGCAAGACACAUUUGUGAAACGUUUGUGCCUCUACAGUUUUACCUGUCAGUACUUUAAGGAUACAGUGUUGAUUAUGUACAGUACAUUUGCCAUGAAAAAAUGACUAAUUCUGUUAUUGCUUAUUAACAGAUACUGUAAAUACAGCAUGAGUGAUUUUGGUAUUUGUGGUUAAAAUAAUUUAUACAGCAUUAAAGGGUUUCUAAUCCGCA